AUGGAGGAGGCUGAGCUACAAGAAGUGGAGGAUGAGCUCCCCAUGUUCCAAGAGCACUACAAUGCUCUCCUCUCUAUGGACUUUGUGGAGACCAAGUACCCACAUGAUGAUACAAUGAAGGCACUUGGGAUCUUCAAGGAUGUGGAGUUGGUACUCAAGAAUAUGCACUUGGCCAAGUUCUUCUCUCAUCGCAUGGAGUCAUACAAGGAGCUCACUUGUGAGUUUUUGGCAUCGAUGAGGUACCAUGAGUAUGAUGAGCUCGAUCAAGCUGACUUGGACCAAGGCUGGGGAUGGAUAACAUUCUUGGCAAAGGGAGAAAGGAAGAUGGUCACCUUCAGGCAGUUAGAGAUACUCUUUGGCUUCACAUAUGGGGAAGGAACCCAUUGGGACAUCAAGGAGAAUGAGCUCCAAAGUGUGUGGGCUACAAUCGAUUAG